AAUAAAGCGAGUGCGGGUGCAGAGGAGUCUCAGACUCAGUGACACUUUAUCCAGUCAGGGAAUCCCAUUUGUACCAGUGUCACCGGCUCCCGGGCUGAGGCUGAAGGGAACACACGGUGGGAGGAUUAACAAAUAAACACUGGGCCCCUCCUCACUGUGUCUCCCUGAACUUUCAGCCGAACCACCAAUCAACGUGCGGAACUAUAACCAGCGCCCAGUUACAGACGAGACAGUAAUCUUGCUGUACCGUCACCAUAGCAACACCUGACAACUUCCGGCCUGGCUGCACGCUGUAUCCUUAGGAACGCCAGCACGCUUCCGGUUCUACUGCCUCACUGUAACUAUAGCAACGCUAUGAAAACUUCCGCUCCUCAAUAACUACAGGGGCUGACUGACCGGCACCGGCAUCUUCUGUGCGGAACCGAAUCUCUGAGUCUGAGUGGGACAGUGGGAGCGGGUGGCACCAGAGUGAGACCAGUCCGACCCUGAGAGAGAGAAGCCUGAGAGAGACAUGCCGACUAAACAGCGACAGAAUGUGGCAGCUGUGGGUCAGAUCCAAAAGCCAAAUAUGCCAAAACCUUCAAAGGCUGCAUCCAAAAAGAAGGAAGAAGAUGACUCCACAGAUAUUGGGGAUGGAGUUGAAGAAUGGACACAGGCCAAGACUUUGAUUAAGCCUCGAGACCAGCUGGAACUGACAGAAGCAGAACUGAAUGAAGAGUUCACACGAAUUCUGACAGCUAAUAAUCCUCACGCUCCACAGAACAUCGUCAGAUACAGCUUUAAAGAACGAGCCUACAAACCAGUGAGUAUUGUGGAGCAGUUGGCUAUACACUUCUCCCUGGAUGGGAACAUGCUGCACAAAGAUUCGGACGAGGCCCGACGGCAGAAGCUGCGCAUGGGGGUGCUGGAAGGUUCCACUCAAACUGACACCACUGCACCAGAACCAGGAGACAAUAUGGAGGCAGAAGAGCACCCAGAAACUCCUGUGGCAGGGGAGGAAGGAGCAGAUAGAGAAGAUUCCACCAAAUCCCGAAAGGAACGAAAACUGACCAACCAGUUCAACUAUAGUGAGAGAGCCUCCCAGUCUUUGAACAACCCUCUGAGAGAACGAGCGUGUCAGACAGAACCACCUCCGAGGGAAGUCUUUUCUGCCACUGCAAAUCAGUGGGAGAUCUAUGAUGCUUACGUAGAGGAGCUGAAGAAGCAGCAGAAGCUGAAAGAGAAGCAGAAGGCUCCGGCCUCUAAGAAGGAGGAAGAGGCAUGUUCCCGGCGCAGACUGGGUGCUACUGAAUCUCAGAGUGAUGACCUCAGCAAACUGGUGAAAUCGUGCAAGAUAAUGGAGAGAAUGGUGAAUCAGAACUCUUUUGAUGAUGUCACUCAGGACUUCAAAUAUUUUGAGGAUCCUGCGGAUGAAUUCAGAGGCCAAGAGGGAACAUUAAUGCCUCUGUGGAAGUUCCAGAAUGACAAAGCCAAGGGGUUGUCAGUGACUGCCCUCUGCUGGAACCCAAAUUACAAGGAUUUCUUUGCAGUCGGCCAAGGCUCUUAUGACUUUGUGAAACAGAACCGAGGGAUGGUGCAGUUCUACUCGCUGAAGAACCCCUCAUUCCCAGAAUAUGUAUUCAGCACAGAUACAGGAGUCAUGUGCCUGGACAUACACAGGGAGCACCCCUAUCUGCUGGCCGUGGGGCUGUAUGAUGGAAAUGUGGCCGUUUAUAAUCUCAAAGCCAACACACAACUGCCAGCCUUCAUCAGUUCCGCAAAAUCUGGCAAACACACCGACCCUGUGUGGCAGGUGAAAUGGCAGAAAGACGACAUGGACAAUAAUCCAAACUUUUUCUCUAUCUCGUCUGACGGGAGGGUGGUGUCCUGGACAUUAGUAAAGGACGAGUUGCUUCACUCAGACGUCAUCAAGUUGUCACUCAAUGGAACAACAGCAAGUGGACCUGAGGGACUCAAACUACAAAUACACGGUAGCGGAACAGCCUUUGAUUUCCAUUGGCAGAUUGAUUACCUGUACCUUGUUGGAACUGAAGAGGGGAAGAUCCAUAAGUGCUCUAAGGCUUACUCCAGCAAGUUUCUGGACACGUAUGAUGCACACAACAUGGCAGUGGAUACCGUGCGUUGGAAUCCGUUCCAUCCUAAGGUCUUCAUCUCCUGCAGUUCUGAUUGGACCGUCAAGAUCUGGCAACAUGAUGUAAAGACCCCAAUGUUUGUUUUUGAUUUGAACGCCCCAGUGGCAGAUGUAGCCUGGGCCCCAUUCUCCUCCACAGUGUUUGCUGCGGUCACCAUUGAUGGGAAGGUGCAUGUGUUUGAUCUGUCUGUAAACAAAUACGAGGCUCUGUGCCAACAAGCAGUGGUGGCCAAGAAGAAGACCAAGUUAACUCACGUGGAGUUUAACCCUGUCUAUCCUGUACUCAUCGUGGGGGACGAUCGGGGAUACGUCACCAGCCUCAAACUGUCGCCUAAUCUACGCAAAAUACCCAAGGAAAAGAAAGGCCAGGAGACCCAGAAGGGACCAGAGGUGGAGGUGGCCAAACUGGACAAAUUGCUUUCCCUUGUAAGAGAACCAGAUACCAAACAAGGGAAACCCGAGUCACAGACACACAGAGCAGAAUUUUAGGACUCCAGCUCCGAUGUGGAUAAAUCCUCAGGAUGGACACCUGUCAUUGAUUUGCACCACAUUAGCCAGAAGCUUUUCUUUUCCAACUCUAGCCCUGCUUAUGGGCAACCGUUGUAUAAUGUUAUAUUUCUGUGUCAUACAUUCCUUUCUUUCAUAUAAAUAUGUUUGGUUUA